AUGGCUAUCUCGAGUAAACGUCCACGCUCUGAGCAAGGAACAGGCGAUUCGGCUUUACCAUUGAAGCGGAGGUCAUUCAUUCUGUCAAACCAGGCAGAGACUCCGCGUGGUAGUGGAGGUUUCCAGUUCUUGAAAGAAGCUGACGGUUUUUCUUUGGACUCUGAGGAUGAAAAUAAUAGGACCAAUAAUCUGAUAAGGUUUUCUACAUCUGAUGAGUUGAACCCCAAGCUUGUGGAAGCAGUCGGUAGGUAUUCUGAUUCUGAUAGUGCAACUCGAUCUGAUCAAGAGUACCACUACCAGAUUGGAGAAGCCAAUUUUAGACGGAAAUCAUUGUCUAGACCAGGUUCUUUCUCUUCUAGUUCAAGGAAACAACAGGUGUCGAAAUUAGACUUGCUCGCCAGAGAAAGGUGUUUUGAUUACAUCGUUCAGUCUAUCGAUGAGGUUUGGGCUAGGUACUGUGAUACAACUUCGAGCGCAGAGGCAGUGGUUUACAAUAAUUUUGCGGCAAAGAAGAAUAGGGCAGGAGUCAAAAUUGCAAGUUUACACAAUCACAAACCAUUGAACAUCUCGGAUAACGAGACGGAAUUUGAUAGUGUGGCGUCAGAGAAUGAAGUGCCAUCAGAGGACGACGAUGAUGAGAGUUGUGGCUAUAAAUCAGAGGCUACCAAUCCUACUGAAUAUGAAAAUGAAACAGAUUACAGCGAAUCACGCACUGUGUCGAAUUUACCGGAUUCAGUGAAAUUACAAUCUUUGAAACAUAGGCUGACAAAGGCCAAGAGUGAUUUGGAGCUGGUUUACGACUCAAGUGAAUUGACAGACUCACAGUCCUUCUGGAGACGUUGGGAUAUGAUCAAAUACAGUGCUGUGGAAAUGAUGGAAGAUGAUGAUGAUGAUGAAGUCAUAGAGACUACCAUCGAAGAGUUGGAACAAGGCCGGUGUUACACCAAUUAG